CAGAUUGAAAAUCAGCUCGUGGAUCCAUCACCGCCGCGGCCCCCACGUUGCCAGCGCUGAUCCGUCUCGUUGGCUGCCUCCUGGCUGCAUUCUGAAACUACGAUCCAAAAGGCCCGAGAAUCGUCGCGCGCGAUCACCAUACAUUCCUUGGCGGUUUCCACUCGGAUCGUGGUUGCGCUCCACUACGGACGCCAUAGCUUAGACAGCGUCCUGCGAAAACCUGCUCCAGCUGUCGGUAUCAGGCGCUAAGGUCGACGGGGUGAUAAAUAAAAUGGCGUCCUCCCAGCCGGUCGCGCCGGGCAGGCACUCUCGUGGCCUCAGUUUCAAGUCGGACCGUUCCCAACAGUCCAGCAGUUCCAGCAAAAAGAUUCAGAUCUCGGAAACCGCCGAAGAGAAACACCGCCGCCAACUACAUUCCAAAGCCGAUCCCUCGGUUGCUAUGAAUGAAGCGCAACCUAAUUUGGUUGCUCUCGAGCAAUCGACGCUGGGUUCAUUGAGAACCAUGCAGCAUAAAGACCAGUAUGGAAACAUUAUCACCGAUCCCGAUCUCUCUAAUCCCACGCGCCCGCGGUUUGAGCGUCCGCUCGAGACCAUCCGAUCCUUCGAGGCGGCAAUUUAUGGGACAUACAGCAGUAGACCUGCUUCGUAUGUAAGGACAGAGUCAACUCCGGCGACUCCGGGGCCAGACCGCAGUCGACGAGGAAGCUAUUAUGGAGCUUCCAACGGCCAUUCCCACCGGGGUCAUUACGACCAGAGCGGUCAUCACAAUGGCCGCGGGGCCUACUCGCGACCGGACAGCUAUGUCGAGAACGGCGGCGACCAGCCUGAGAACUAUUACCCGUACAAUCAGGGCGGCGGCCGACCGCGACCACGCCACCACGCACGGAUGAAUACCGACCAGAGCGGCUAUUCACAGCAUGGCUAUCACAAAUCGUAUGACAACAUGACCGCAGCGUCUGGCUCGGGCUCUGGCAGCAACACCGACGCGUACGGCAACUCGACCGACCCCAGCUCUGUGAACAGCUCCAUCGAUCAGCUGCAGCAACAGCAGCAACAACAGCAGCAGAUUGCCGAAAGCUACGGGUUCCAAGGAUUUGGCGGUGGACCGAACCUGGACAACCAAGCUGGCGCUGGGGGCCGGAUCAACUUUGGCAGCAAGCCUCCAGCACCAGCUGAUCCCAAUGCUGGGGGGCCUGUGGGCGGCGGUGCCGCCGCGGCCGCCGCAGCCAACCGCCGCCAUCUGCGCAAGGCCACGAACGAUUCGGACAUGAGCAACAACUCCAAGCGGAAGAGCUGGUUCAAGCGACGAUUCAGCAAGGAGUAAUCUAUUGAGCCGGCCUCUCACCUGUUUUAUGACACUUCUCCUUCGAUGCGUGUUUUCUGAUCCGAUAUGUAUGGGUGUACUACCUCCACGGCGUUCAUGUUCUUUUCGAGCACAGCACUGGGCAUGCGGGACGGACUGUGUCAGGUUUGGAUUCCUUUUCUCUUGCGUCUUUGCAUGCGGUUGACGAGACCAUGAUACAUGGAAUGUUUGCUCUCCUUCCUCUUCUUCUUUCGCGCCAUGACCUUCCA